AUGUCGCAAGAGACACUCAGCGCGAAGCAAGUGAAUCAGCCCGGUGUUCAUGCGCCGGAGGUCAAGGCGUUGCUCAGUGCCCGGGCAAGAUACCGAACAGUCGUUGUAGUUGCUGUCACAUUCCUUCUGCUCGCCUGUCUUUUUGUCAUCUCCAGCUCGUCCUCGGAACAGGGUGAGGGUCGAUACCGGCCGAGGGCGAUUGUGCUGAUUGUUCCCCACCUUCCACCGGACAUGCUGGAGGCGGCCAUGGCAAGCAAUAAGGCCCCGUUUCUUGGUCUCAUCUCCGCUGCGGAUGGCGUCUAUGCCCGGCCUCUUGCGAAGAACACGGAACUGUCGUCGUCCCUGGUGACGAUUCUCACAGGCAGGGUGGACUCGAGUGCAACGGGCCUCGUGGGUGCGACGAGCUUUCUGGGGAAGAUGAAGAGGGCCGGGAGGAAGCCCGUCGUUCUGGCGGCGGCGUCGUACUGGUCGGCACAGGUGGCGGCGGCGGACGGCAACUGCAGCCGUGUGGGGCUGUUUGACUCGGAGUGCUCCGGUCUCAGGUGCCCCGCGGCAACCGAGGCGGCGUACUGCAACGCCGCGGAGAAGCUCCUGUCAUGUGACGGCAAGGCGCAGCUUUACGAAGAGGAUGUUCUGGAGGCGUUUCGCCACCUCAUGCAGCAUGACGGCGACCUCCUGUACGCUCACGCAAAUGCCCUGUGUGGCACGGUCAGCACUGACGAAGAGCGCAUGGCUGUCUUGAGCGACAUCAGCAUCAUGGACAGCACACUGGGGAAGAUUGCGCUUGCCGUGAUUGAGCGCUCCAGCACGACGAGGGAGAGCUGGCUGAUCAUGCUUGUUGGUGCGGGGGGCAACGGUCUGGAAAGGGUUCCGUUGGUGAUGGUGGCGUAUGCGAAAGGAGGUCUUGUGCGUUUUGGUCCCAUACCCGAGGAGGCGACACUUGCCGAUGUUGCCCCAACCGUGCUGCAUUGGUUUGCUCUUUCCUCCCAUGGCGACGCGCAGCGGGUGCGAGGCAUGUGCUCCACAGGUGUGGCUGCCAUCAGCUGCGAGACCACCACAAGAUGGCCAUGA